CUUGAAGAUCAUCCAGCCAAAUUCAUAGGGAUUGGUAAUCAACCAGAGGUUCACGAGCAGACGUUUGACCGCUUCCCCAUCCAGACGUUCUCUGGUCUCCCUAAAUCUGAACCCACACCAUGGAUGAUUUUGAACGUCGCAGAGAACUCAGAAGGCAAAAGCGAGAAGAGAUGCGUCUGGAAGCAGAAAGAAUCGCCUACCAGCGGAAUGACGAUGACGAGGAAGAGGCCGCCCGGGAACGGCGCCGCCGUGCCCGACAGGAAAGGCUGCGGCAGAAGCAAGAGGAAGAAGCCUUGGGGCAGGUGACUGACCAGGUGGAGGUCAAUACCCAGAACAGUGUGCCUGACGAGGAGGUCAAGACAACCACCACCAACACUCAGGCGGAGGGCGAUGAUGAGGCUGCUCUCCUGGAGCGACUGGCUCGGCGGGAGGAAAGACGCCAAAAGCGCCUCCAGGAAGCCCUGGAAAGGCAGAAGGAGUUUGACCCAACAAUAACAGAUGCAAGUUUGUCGCUCUCCAGCAGAAGAAUGCAAAACAACACAACAGACAAUGAAACAGCAGAGAAGGAAGGAAAAAGUGAAAGUCGCCAGGAAAGACAGGAGCUGGAGGAAAUGGAAAUAGUCACCAAGUCACACCAGAAGAAUGAUUGGAUGGAAGCGGAAGAGAAAAAGAAAGACGAGAAGGAAAAGGAGGAAGAGGAAGAAGAGAAGCCAAAGCCAGGGAGCAUUGAAGAAAAUCAGGUAGAGGUGGUGGUAGAAGAGAAAACGGCAGACACCCAGCAGGAAACAGUAAUGCCGCUGAAAAAUGGGCAGAUCAGUGCCGAGGAGCCUAAGACCGAGGAGGAGGGGGAAAGGGGCUCAGAUGAGAUUCUCCAGAAUGAAAAGAUGGAAGAGGAAGCCAGGGAAAGAGCUGAGGCAGAAAGGGCCAGGUUGGAAGCAGAAGAAAGAGAAAGAAUUAAAGCUGAGCAAGACCGACAAAUAGCAGAGGAGAAAGCAAAAAAGGAAGCAGAGGAAAAAGCAGCUGCCCAAGAGAGAGAAAGACGGGAGGCAGAGGAGAGGGAGAGGAUUAAGGAGGAGGAGAGGAAGGCAGAAGAGGAGAGGCAGAGGAUCAAGGAGCAGGAGAGGAAGGCAGAAGAGGAGAGGCAGAGGGCGAAGGCAGAGGAAGAAGAGAGAGCUAAGAUAGAAGAGCAAAAACGUAAGAAGCAACUAGAAGAGAAAAAGGGGCAAAUGCAAGAGAAAAAGAUUAAAGGGGAAAAGGUAGAGGAGAAAACAGCAGGGAAGGGGGUCAGUGAAAAGAAAGUACAAGAAGAUAAACCUCAUACAGCUGUCCCAAAGAAACAGGAAGAAGAAAGGGGGGCUAAAGUGCCAGCUAAAAGAGAAAAGUCCCAAGAAGACAAGGCUGCCUUCAAAAAAGAAGAGCUCAAAGAUGAGAAGACUAAAAAGGAUAAAGAAAGCAAAGACGUUAAGAGCUUCUUGGAUGCAAAGAAGGGAUUUACAGAAGUGAAGUCUCAGAAUGGAGAAUUCAUGACCCACAAACUUAAACACACCGAGAAUACUUUCAGCCGCGCUGGAGGGAGGGUCAGCGAGGCCAAGGAGGCUGAAGGCACUUCCCAGGUGGAAGCCGGCAAGCGGCUGGAGGAGCUGCGCCGCCGCCGUGGGGAGACGGAGAGCGAGGAGUUCGAGAAGCUCAAGCAGAAGCAGCAGGAGGCGGCCUUGGAGCUGGAGGAGCUGAAGAAGAAGAGGGAGGAGCGAAGGAAAGUCCUGGAAGAGGAGGAGCAGAGGAAGAAGCAGGAGGAAGCAGAGCGAAAAGUGAGAGAGGAGGAAGAGAAGAGGAGGCUAAAGGAAGAGAUUGAAAGGCGAAGGGCAGAAGCUGCUGAGAAACGCCAGAAGAUGCCAGAAGAUGGUUUAUCAGAGGACAAGAAGCCCUUCAAAUGUUUCACUCCUAAAGGUUCAUCUCUCAAGAUAGAAGAGCGAGCAGAAUUUUUGAAUAAGUCUGUGCAGAAAAGUGGUGUCAAAUCAACUCAUCAAGCAGCAGUAGUCUCCAAGAUUGACAGCAGACUGGAGCAAUACACCAGUGCAAUUGAGGGAACAAAAGCUGCAAAACCUACAAAGCCAGCGGCCUCGGACCUUCCUGUUCCUGCCGAAGGUGUCCGCAACAUCAAGAGCAUGUGGGAGAAAGGAAAUGUGUUCUCAUCCCCCACUGCUUCAGGCACACCAAACAAGGAAACCGCUGGCUUGAAAGUGGGGGUAUCCAGCCGCAUCAAUGAAUGGCUAACCAAAACGCCCGAGGGAAGCAAGUCGCCUGCUCCCAAGCCUUCUGAUUUGAGGCCAGGAGAUGUAUCUGGCAAGAGGAACCUCUGGGAAAAGCAAUCUGUGGACAAGGUCACUUCCCCCACUAAGGUUUGAGACAGUUCAAGAAAGAACCCAAAGUAGCCGCUCAAGAUGCUGGACCAGCUCAGUUGAAGAGGGCUAAUUUGCUCUGUUUUGUAUUUAUGUUGAUUUACUAAAUUGAGUUCAUUUCCUUUUGUUUUGUUUUUCAUUAUCCCAUUAAACCCAUGUAUAUUAUCACUAUAUUUAAUAAUCACAGUCUAGAGAUGUUCAUGGUAAAAGUACUGCCUUUGCACAGGAGCCUGUUUCUGAAGAAACCCAUGCUGUGAAAUAGAGACUUUUCUACUGAUCAUCCUAACUCUGUGUCUGAACAGUGAUACCAGCCACAUUGAAGGUCAACAAAAGGAGAUCCGAGUUGGAAAUUGCCUGAGGAAUGUGCAGUAUCCAGAAAAAUGAAACCUAGUGGUUUAAAAAAAAAAAAAAGAAGUCAUGUCAUUUCUGCACUUUAGAAUAAAGCAUGGAAGAAAUUAUCUUAUAGGCAAUUAUAACACUUUGUGAAAGUAACCCGCUUCAGAUUUGAGAUACUGCAAUAAUGUUUGUCUUCAAAAUGGAAAGAUGUACGGUUAAGGUAUUACUUUUUUCAUGUCGAUGAAUAUCUAAAUUGGAUUAUGAUGUUAGCUGACAGUGGUACUGAUUUCUUUAGGUUGGUUGCUUUGUGGAUUUCUUUGGUAGUGAUAGUAAACCACAUUUUAGAUGACCCUGAUCGUGUAUGUAUGUGCAUACACGUACACAAACACACUAAUGGUAGAAAGCUUUUUUAUGUGCUAGGCUAUUAUAUUUAGCAGUAUGUCCCUGUAACUAGCCAAUAUCACUGCUUUUUAAAAACUAAAAAUCACAGUAUUAUAUUAAUAUUUCAUAUUUGCCAAUAGAAACAUGGCAGAAUAGGUAUCGAUAUGUUUCCAAUGCUGGAUAACCUAUAAGAAAGAGAGAUUCAAAGUGUCAAAAUGCAUUGACAUUUUCUAUAAAACAUAGUACUUAGUUUAUAAUUAAAAGCAAUCUUGAAGUCCAGUGUGAAUUGUACCAAAUCUACCAAACUUAAAGCUUGCUCAGAACUUCACUCUUAAGAAUCAAGUUCACAAUAGAUUGGCUAAAAUGCUAUCUGAGUUCUCUUCCUUCUCUGAAAAUUAAAGACAAGAAUCUGAGUGACAAAAUUGUACAGCUUGGAAUUCCAUAAAUAAGUGUACUAAGACCAACUUUGACUAAUCUCUGGAAGCAGAAAAGUAAGCAAAAGCCACUAUUUAGGAGUCAUGACCUACUUACAUCUUUAACAUCUUUUUAGUUAAACUUUUCUACCUUUAUUAGUCAUUGGUACUUGCCAUAAGUUGAUAAUGUGCUGAGCUUUCAAAAAAAUAUAUGUAAUUUUCAUUAGUUUUAUCUUUUUCCCCAAGAGUCUGUCAACUCAUUUGUACACACACAGUCUGGCUAUCAGAUCUUCUUUUAGCUCAUAUGCAUUCAUCUAUUCUUUACAAUAAGAGUACUCCAGUGUCUUGGCAAUAUGUUCUAGCAUAGAGCUAUACAUAUAGUGUAGUUCUAUAAACCUAUACCUCAUGACUUACCAAAGUUAUCUUAGUAUCAAUUCCUACCACAGUGAGGGAACCUCCUAAAUGACCCUUUUCUAAUCCACAAUAUUCCUUGGGGGAGCUUGCCGGGGUAGGGCUGGCAUGAGGAGUUACUAGUGCCUUCCAGAGGCUCUUUUCCUCAAAAAUCAAUAGAGUUGUUGACUCCUCUAGCUUUUAGCACACCUGGGCCAAAGAAAGUAAAGCCAGCAAUAUUGCACAUGUCACCCACCCAUGACAGAGUAGACAUGAGUCUAUGAUAAGAUGAACUAGAAUUCACAUGCAGUGCCUGAGUUUGCACUGACUCCCACGACUGGAGUGAAAUGGAUCAAAGUUUGAAUUAUGGCCUAUGGCGAGAUAAAGUUUCUUUGUUGUACUUUUGAAUAAGAGCUUCUCCUGAUCACUGUUAUAUAUUUUUUCUAGAAAGUCUAAAGUUAAGAAGAGAAUAUAUCGAUUGAUCCUGACUUUUAUUCCAGUAUUUGGAUGGAAUAACUUUUAGGGUAGAUUUUUGUUCGGUUUGAAUUUAACUUUUUGAAAAAGAAAUUCCUUGUUUACUUGUUUGAUUACAAUUCUCUUUGUUGUCUUUUUAAGAGAUAAACCUGCAAGGUGACUAGCAUGUUCUGUGAAUCUGCCAUUCCUAAAAAUUUUAUAAACACAAUAUUUUUCACUGAUAAUUGAUCGCUGCAAUAAAUAUAUAUUGUGAAAAUGCAUCCACAAUAAAUGGAAUUCCUCCAAAUGU